AUGGGCAACUAUGCAAUCACGGGAAUGAAUAUCCCUGAAAUGUGCCACCAGGAUCGUUUUGAUGAUGUACAGUCGCUCAGUCGAUUCGUCAGUGGUCACAAUGACAUCUGCGCACGAUGCCAGGCGGUCCCGUGGGCGGAGCUAGCUUUGUCUGACCCGCCUACCAGCGACCAGGGAGUAAAGAUAAUGGACAUCCCUGAGACACAUCAGGACCUGAAAACUUCUCAAUGUCGCGUUUGCCAGCUCUUGGCAACCAUCAAGCAAGCUGAAUAUGACGACAGUGCUUGUACGCUCCUGAGAUUCUGCGCCAGACCUGUCUUGCGGGAUCAUGUGGAAGGCAUCGAGGUUCCUCAAUUUGCCCAGAACGAUGGGCAAGUUUUGGGCUGCGGGUUUGACAAUAAUUCGACUUUCACUUGGUUUCGGAAAGCUGGGUUCAUUGGGAUUACCCAUUCGACUAGGCACGCCGAGUUUGGAAUACGUCGCAUCGACUUGAACAGCGCUGACUUCGACCUGGUAAAGGGACCCUUGUACCAGGGCUUAGAGUUAUUGAUUGCAAAAGCCUCGUUCCUGAGGUUGUCACAGCUCCACAUAAAUUGUAUUGAUCAAAACAAUGAAGCGCAUCGAAGCCAGCAGAUAGCCUGCAUGGGCGACAUAUACGCAAACGCCGAGCUCGCUAUUAUCGCGGCUUCUAAGAACCAUGCCGAUUAUCGUCUGCCGGGAGUUGAUAGUACAGCUCGUCAGGACCAGCCGCAAGUACAGAUUGGCCCAGUAAAGCUACUGGAAGGACAUCGGCAUCCCUCGCAUGAAUUACUGGACACCCCAUGGUCAACGCGAGGAUGGACUUUACAAGAAAGCAUCCUCUCCCGACGCAGAAUGAUCUUCUCCGAUACCGAAGUCACCUUUCUGUGCAAUACAAUCCACUGGGCAGAAUCAUGGCUAAGCCCCGGGUUGGACGCGGAUUUCCGAGCCAACUUGAAAUUCCGGGGGCUGAUCCCCUUAGCUCAUAAUGAUAAAGCCCACGGCUUGACAAUCAGAUAUAUUGAUGCCGUCGCCCUUGGCACGGUCGAUGUGCCUCAGGUCCCCCUGCCCGUGGACGACGAUGUCCCAGAUACCGAAACGCUGAUAAUUCAAAUGCUGAUAGCCGUUGACAUGGACGAAGAAGAAUUCGUGCCUCCAGUCAUCGGGGUGGUUCUCUACAGCUGUACCAGAGUCUUGGAGCAAUCGCGAAUUGGGGAGCUGUCGCUUCUCGUGCUAAAAGGAGACCAUGGUGUCUAUCGAAGAGUCGGGUUGAUCCGUCACCGCUUCAAUAAAUUCAUUCACCCUGGAUCGCCUUCUCAUAUUGUGCCUGCAGUUGCCUUCACCGAUACGGCUGGCGAAUUGCUCGACGAGUUAGAGUGGCUGGCAGAUGGCGAAGAUCCGUUAUGGCUAAAGGAAGCCGAGACGAGGACUGUUAUAGUUGAAUAG